AUGGACGUGUGGGGCCCAGCCCACGUGAGUGGACAGGGCCACGAGCGGUACUUUCUGCUGGUUGUUGACGACUACACGCGUUACACUACGGUCUUCCCCUUGCGCAGCAAGGGGGAGGUCCCUGAUGUUUUGAUCCCUUGGAUCCGCGCUGUCCGUCUCCAGCUCCACGAGCCGUUCCACACGGACCUUCCUGUCCUGCGUCUGCACUCUGACAGAGGUGGUGAGUUCUUCUCCGACCUUUUGAGGGACUUCUGUCGUGGGGAGGGCAUCCUCCAGUCGUUCACGCUUCCGGCCUCCCCGCAGCAAAAUGGGAUUGCUGAGCGCCGCAUUGGCUUAGUCGUGGAGGUCGCUCGUACCUCCAUGAUCCAUGCGGCUGCUCCCCAUUUUCUGUGGCUGUUUGCGGUCCGGUACGAUGAGCAUCAGCUCAACCUCUGGCCCCGUGUCUCCUUGCCGGAGACCUCGCCCACACUGCGUUGGACGGGGAAGGUUGCGGAUGCGUCGGUGUUCCGGGUCUGGGGCGCUCGUGCCUUUGUCCGCGAUACCUCUGCGGACAAGCUCUCCUCCCGCGCCAUUCCCUGUGUCUUCCUUGGCUUUCCCCCUGACGCGCCUGGCUGGCAGUUUUACCACCCCACCACGUGUCGUGUUCUGUCCUCUCAGGACGUCACGUUUGACGAGUCGGUUCCCUUUUACCGUCUCUUCCCCUACUGCACUGCCCCUCUCCUCUCCCCCUCCCCCCCCCCCCCCCCCCCCGGCCGCUCUUCCUCGCUCCAGCCUGUCGAGGUCACUGGUGACUCUGGUGCUGCUGGGGGUGGUGCUGCUCGGGGUGUUGCGCCUGGUGGUGCUGAGUCUGAGGGUGCUGAGCCUAAGGGUGCAGAACCUGAGGUUGCUGAGCCUGGGGGUGCUGAGUCUGAGGGUGCGGCGCCUGAGGGUGCUGAGCCUGAGGGUGCGGAGCCUGGGGGUGCUGAGCCUGAGGGUACCGAGUCUGGGGGUGCUGAGUAUAGGGCCCUGCCGCUGGAGGCACUUUUGCUGGAGGUGCUGGAGCUGGAGGCGCUGAAGGCGCUGGAUCUGGAGGUACUGAGGGUACUGGAGUUGCUGGUCGUGGAGGUGCUCGAACUGGAGGUACUGGAGCUGCCACGGCUGGCGGUGCUGCUGGAGCUAGAGGUGCUGGAGCUGCUGGCACUACUGGUCUUGGAGGUGCUCGCGCUGGCGGUACUGGAGCUGCCGGAGCUAGUGGUGCUGGAGCUUGAGGCACUGGAGCUGGAGACCCUGGAGCUAGAGGCGAUGGAGCUGGGGGCACUCGAGCUUGAGGCGCUGGAGCUGGAGGCACUAGAGCUGGAGGAGUUGGAUCUGGAGGCGCUGGAGCUGGAGGCACUGGAGCUGGAGGCGCUGGAGCUAGAGGCACUGGAGCUGGAGGUGCUGGAGCUGCUGGAGCUGCUGGAGGUGCUGGCGGUGGGGGUGCUGGAGCUGGCGAUACUGGUGCUGGAGGCACUAUGCAGCGCCUGA